UAAUGCAUCGAAUAAUAAAUAAAAUAUUUGAUCCAAAUUAAAGGAAAUGGCAACAGUGAACAAACUUCUUCCGACUGCACACGAGUUCUAUGCAGAGUUACAGGAUAGGACUGACUUUGCUGAGGCGCAGCGUCAUAAGAGAUUCUUGGCGGUUUUGCUGCUGCAGCGGAUGGCUCGUGGCCACUUGAUAAGGAAGCACGUGGCUUGGCUGUCGAAGAACGCUACGACGAUACAGUGUGCGUUCAGGGUGCAUAGAGCUAGGAAGGCGUACCGCGCAGCGUUGAGGCGAGCGGUUCGGAAUAAGCACGCUCGACAUUACGCUCGGGCUGCUAGAAUAAUACAGGCACUAUGGCGUGGGCAUUAUUCGAGAAGAACGAAAUUCUGUUACCGCUCCUACCGAAAGUGGCUGGCAACUGUCACCGAACGAGGAGAAAGAAGAGCGGCAGAAGCUGCAGAAUUCGGCAUCAGGAGCCGAGCAGAUGACCUCCGAAUCCUAGAAGAGGAAGCCAGGCAUUGGCUGGCAUUCGUUGUCUUCAAAUUACACCACUUAUUGAGAACCUACGUCUGUGCCGGCGUAUACUCGGAACCAGCUUCCACAGAGCUAUCCGAAUUCGAAAAGCUUCUAAAAUCCAUCCAUUACACCGAGUACAUGAAGCGCUUGAAAAGAAAAUACGACGAGUUUGUCAGGAAACAUCGCCCGCGGUUCUCCAACAAGAGACUUUUCCCAAUAAUUGGUGAUGGAGCGGAUUACUGGUACAUGUCGUUAGCUGAGAUGUAUGAGCUGACUACUCCAGUGCAGAAAAAGAUGGAUACGAGGCACAAAGCAACGCACCAUGGGCAGAUACAUAAAGAACCGUUUCUAUGGAAAAUGGUUAGGCCUCCGUGCCCUAGCGAAGGUAGAGGGCCGUUCACACCCCCAAGGUCACCAGUGUCCAGGACUCCACCUACCCCUGCCCCCACUCCGACGGCUGGGGGAGAUGCUUUGCACACUGAUCCUCGAUUCCACCUCUACGUCAAACAUUACACGCCGCAACCAGCGCUUUUCGAUUAUGUUGAUUUUCACAUAAAUGUCCUUCUCAGAAGGAAGUGCUCGGUUGAAAAUAUAGACAAGGAAUAA